GGCAUGUUGCGCAAUCGAUUUAGAUUUAAUCGCAGAAGCUAUCGGUCUGUAAUGCAAUCACAAUCAAUCGGUUUUGGGUUUGAUGUCUCCGAGAGGAGCGAGGAAGAGGUGGAUUGCAGCAGGAUGUGUGCAUAUGCCGUGUAGUAGUAAGCCGUCCUCAUCUUGAGGGAGUCUUGUUAAUUUUUGAUGGUGUAGAGCCGAAUCUGCGGUUCACCACGCCCGCGUACGCACACUCCUAUUGAUUCCUCGCGACGCUCGACGACGUCGGUCCAGAGAGGUGGCGCCCCCGCGGCGCGCGCGGCGCCUUCGCGAACGCCCGUCUUUCCACACCCGUCGCCGCCGCCGUCUACCGUCCGCACGACUAUCCCCAAAGUCCGGAACCGCCGCGUCGCACCGCCAAUACUCGCAUAACAACAGUGCGUCGCACGACCGGUAAUCGUAAUAUGGAAAAAAUGAGAGAAACAAAUAAAGAGGGAAAAGGAAAUGAGAAGAAAGAAAGGAAAAGAAAGAGAAAAAAAACGCGGCGUCGCGACGUCCGAGCCCCAACUUCCGGCGAGAAUCAGGGAACUUCCAGAGUCCAAGUCCGAGGAGUGUCGGCGAGGUUCGGUCGCGCCCCUAACACGGAGUGUACGAACAAGGUGAUCCAUCAGCGGGUGACGUCGCGGAUAAUACGCCACCAUUGGAGCACGUCAAGAAAUAUGCCGAAUCAGAAAAUGUAUACACCAGGCAAAUGGUAUCCAGAGUCUUACUGGAAUUGUUCAAGCUGGGUCCCGUAGACGGACUGACCCAGGACUUUCCGCAGAUCAUGGACGUGGUAUCGCGAUUGGUGGAGGGAGAAGAGAUUAUGGUGUGCACUUCUAUGCUGGAGCAGUUACCUAACCUGGCAUUGCUUGGCGUCCAGUGUUCGGAACGCGUGCCGAUCCUGGCCGACAUAGUGGGUGAUUACAUACUUCCAUUGGUUGUUAGGAACCUGGGAACAAGCAAGGAGCAGGUUAGAAAAUCUGCACAUCAAACUUUGUUCUCUUUGAUGGAGCAAGGACUUGUCACCAAAGCUCAAGCUGAGAUUCAAGUGUGCCCCACAAUAUUGGCAUUGUCCAGGAAGGAAUGUCUGAUGUACUACCAUACAGAUGCAAUAGCGCUGAUGUGCAAAUUGGUCUCAUUAGUGGGAAGAGAUGUGACUGAGAGAGUAUUCUUAGAUAGAUUUCUAGAGUUGUGCGCGGACCAAAUGUUUUAUGUACGAAGGGUGUGCGCCGCCCACUUUGGCGACUUCUGUGCAGUUGUAGGAAAACAGAGUUACGAGAAGCUAUUGUUACCGGCUUUCAUCAACCUAUGCAAUGAUGAUGCUUGGGGCGUUCGCAAAGCAUGCGCAGAUGUGGCGAUGUGUGUGUCUUGUGCGUGUUCUCCAAUGGCUCGUCGUAAUGUCUUGGCGCCGGUCUAUGCCAAGUUCUUGCAGGAUGAUAACCGCUGGGUGCGAAGCUCCGCCUUUCAAACUUUAGGUCCUUUUAUUUCCACUUUUGCCGAUCCUACUAUAACCUCGCUGGCUUAUAAUAACAUGGGCGAAUUAGUUUUAGUUAGUACUGAUGGCAGUGAAUUCAAAAUAAAUUCUACUGUGCCUCUAACUGAAGAUGUCAAGCACAUGUAUUACAUACCUUGGGAUGAUGGCAAGGCCGCAGUAGAGGCAGCCUCUCAAUUGUUUAUGGAAUAUCCGACUUACGACAAGCAGAUGAAAGAGAUUGCUGGAAUGGAGGCCACCUCGAAUGACAUAGAUAGCACCAUUAAGAAUUUAGUGGAUAUAUUUCAAGUAGUCGGAUCUGAGAAUGAGAUUGAGACGGAACAGCAAAGCGUAGUCGAAGUAAGCGGCGAGCCUCUAAUUAAGGACGAUAGAAAUGACGAAGAGGGAUCGUUCAGCAACGUAAAUAUUGAUGACGUCGUCGAAAUGUAUUCUGACCAUUGCGUAACCGACGACGAGACGAAGAAGAAGAACGCUGCUGCAUCCGGUAGUGCGAACUGUGAGCAGGGGGAACGGACUAAUCUUGUAAAUAGUGCCGAGAAAGCAGCGGCUGGUGAUAAUGUAGUUAAUGCGGAGCAGAAAGAGAACCAAAUAGAUUGUGAUAUUAGCGCAAUUACCGACCAACUGACAAAUGUCGAUCUAUCGAAUGGUAACCAAGUGAACCAAAGCCUUAGUCAAAAUGGUACAGAGGCGACUGAAGCGCGUUUAGAUAAUGGCAAUGAUAAAGCGCCGACGGUUCAAGGUAAAGAUGAGGAGGGGGUGGAUAAUUUAUACAACUCGUAUAAUUAUUGGUAUGUACCUCCAGAUUUGCCUUUGGAUCCAAGCGUCGUAAAUGCUCAAGAAUUUACUACUGCUAAUGAGACUGCUUUAAAUGCAUCGGAUGAGCAAUCCGCUGCAAGUUUGAAUGACACUUUCAACAAGCCAAUGAACACCACCCACGUUUUGGAUCACUCUUAUGUAAAAACGGAUAAUUCAUCAGAUGACUUACCAGAACCCAACGCGGAAUUGACUGAAUUGAAGGAACCCUCUCAGCACAUAGUACCACAGCUGCUGAUUGAUCAUUUUAUUUCGAUGACUGAUCCGAACACUGCCCAAUGCGCGGAUGAUAACAUCAUUUAUCACUGCGCCUAUUCUUUACCAGCCGUAGCGUUAACUCUAGGAAGUAGCAAUUUCCAUUUACUGAAAGGAACAGUAAAGUCGCUGGCUGAGAAUAUGCAGUACAAAGUUCGGAGGACUUUAGCUAGUAGUCUGCACGAACUUGCAGAGAUUUUGGGCCCUGAAUCUGCUUUCACCUAUCUCACGCCUAUAUUUAAUGGUUUUAUUAAAGAUUUAGAUGAAGUCAGAAUCGGCAUUUUAAAACAUUUAGCUCAUUUUCUCAAGUUGAUUAGUCCGACUAAGCGAUUGUCAUACUUACCUAGACUCACGGUUUUCCUGCAGAAUCAUCACGAAUUGAAUUGGCGCUUCAGGCACGAAUUCGCGGAGCAGUUGCUGCAAUCUGUUACUCUGUUUCCUCCAGUCGAGGCCUCCAAGCACAUUACUCUAAUUGCUCAAAUUUUACUAUACGAUAAAGUAAGCGCUGUGCGCGAAGUUGCUUUGACUUUAGUAUGCGAACUCAUGAAGCAUAUAGGUAGUGAGCCUGGAUUGAUGCCGAUGACGUUGGUUAGGUUUGCAGAAAAAUUUGCUCAUUCCAAGAAGUGGAAAAUGCGGCAGACCUUCGUCCUGCUCAGCGCUGAGUUGCUGUCAUCCAAUGCACUACCAAUAGAGCAAUUCGCCAGCGAAGUGAUGCCGCAUCUCUUAGAUCUGAGUUGGGAUCCGGUAGCUAACGUCCGAUUAGUUGUUGGUAGAACCAUAACACAGAACAUGAUUGAAAAUGAAUAUUUAUCGGAUCCGGAAAAUCAACACAACGAAAUGAUUCAAAAGGUUCUACAGAGAUUGCAGAAUGACAAGGAUAACGAUGUCAGGCAAUCCGCUCAAUACGAAGAAAUAGAUACAGAAGUAUCUUAACUGAACUGGAUCUAAAUAUAAUAGGAACUUAUUCCUAACCUAAUUUUAACAUCGAACAUAUUUAAACUACCUUUUUUAAAAUGUUGUUUAUAUAUUUUUGUCUUGUUUUUAAUUUAUCAAAACAUAUUUUUUUAAUUAUCUUAACUUAAACAUAAUUCAACUCAUUUUUUUUCUCUAUCUUUGUAUCCUUUGAAUCGGUUCAUGUAUUAUUUCUAUGUAAAUUUUUAUAUUUACGUAUGUACGAUGAUUUCGAACGAGAUGUGUAAAUAUUGUUUUAUACAAUUGAAGCAUCUUUGGAAAAAAAAUAAUAAUAAAAAAAUAACAUGCAACUCGCUAAAAGGAACUGCCUUUAAAAUUCAAAAUAUAAAACGAAACAAAAAAAAA